CGGCCCUCUGCCGUCUUUUAUCUUUUACGACUCUAUUUUCCCCUGUCCCGCUUGGGGGGCUAUAUCAUCUAGUUGGAUUUCCUUCCUUCUUAAUUCUCUGUAUACUGUAUAUGUAUUUCUCCUACUAGUUUAUUUAUUAUUUACCUCUUUUAUAUCCAUUGUGUAUAUAUUGUAUAUAGCAAGCUUAACAUUGGAUUUCACCGUCUUCACGUAUAAUAAAUAUGAUACUCCCUAGAGGACUUUCUGCUGUAUUAGCUAAAUCACCUUCCGACACCGUCAUCCUCUCCUCGCUACGCACUCCUAUUUGUCGCUCGGGUCGCGGCCAACUAAAGAAUGCCUACCCUGAAGAGCUGCUCUCCGUCGUACUACGCGCCACGCUUGACGCCAACCCGAAUCUCCCGCCGAAUAAGAUAGAAGAUGUCGCCGUCGGCGUCGUCCUCUCCGAACUCGGCGGUAGCAAGGCUUCCCGCAUGGCUAUGAAUCAUGUCGGGUUCCCUAAUACCACAUCCUUGUAUACCGUCAACCGCGCAUGCGGCAGCAGUCUGCAGGGUCUGGCUACCAUCGCCGCCCAGAUCCGCGUCGACAUGAUUAGCGUAGGUAUCGCCGCGGGCAUGGAGAGCAUGACGAGGAAUUACGCUAGUAAGGCUAUACCUGUAGAUAGGUGGCCCGUGUUAGCCGAGAGUCCCGUUAAAGAUGCCCGCGAUUGCAUUAUGCCUAUGCUUGCUACCAGCGAGAACGUUGCGAAGAGGUACAAGGUUUCGCGCGAGGAGCAAGACGAGUUUGCCUUUGAGUCCCAGCGGCGCGCGGCGAAGGCUCAGGCCGAGGGCUUAUUCGACCAAGAGAUCGUGCCUGUUUCUACCGUCUUCCAGGAAACUGACAAACAAGGGAAAGAAGUUGGGGAGCCGAAACAGAUUACCGUAACAAAGGAUGAUGGCAUAAGGCCGGGGGUAACGCUCGAGGGCCUCGCUAAGCUCAAGCCUGUACUUGGCGAAUCCGGCACGAGCACGGCGGGUAACUCGAGUCAAGUCAGCGACGGCGCGGCUGCCUCGCUUUUGAUGAGGCGAAGCACCGCGACAGAGCUCGGGCUGACGUCGAGUAUCAUGGGGAAGUUCGUAGCUGCUACUACGGUAGGUUGCGCCCCGGACGAGAUGGGCAUCGGCCCCGCGCUAGCUAUCCCGAAGCUCCUAAACCAGCUCGAUAUCAAGUUAAAGAAUGUGGACCGGUGGGAGAUCAACGAGGCUUUCGCCAGCCAGUCCGUCUACUGCUUAAGAGAGCUUGGUUUGCAGGAGGCAUGGGCGCAGGACAAGGUUAACCCUAACGGAGGUGCUAUUGCUCUAGGCCACCCGCUUGGUGCUACGGGGGCAAGGAUGACGGCUACGCUGUUGCAUGGCUUGGGACGGACCGGGGGACAGGUGGGUGUGGUGAGUAUGUGCGUGGGUACCGGGAUGGGUAUGGCUGGCUUGUUCGUCAGGGAAUAAACCGAAUACUGUACAUACAAGCAAGUCGAGAUGUUCAUACUACGAUUGUCUUGGUCCAUUCAUUCUUUGUCUCGGCGUUUGGGCUGUGGAUUACUUCGAGGUACGCGAUUUGUUGACAAAGACUAUGUGAACGAUCUGGUACAAUAAAGAUAGAUGAAGAGGGGGAAAAGAGCAAAAUACGCAUUGGGGUCUUUUGUCAUUCGUCCUCGAGACUGCUUUCGGCUUGGACCGCGAGCACGCACAAGGAGAUGGUUGAUGGGUUUUUCUAAUUGUUAUACCGUAACCAGCUAAAGACCAACCCCCGUUGUCCAAGCGAACCAUUUGAUAUAUCCACGUUAUUUUAGAAACCUCUCAAGAAUCCGUGAUUAUAG